UACAUGUUAAAUUUGCUUCACAGUGCCUCCAACAUGGGUCGUUGAGCCCCAUAGUGGAUCCGCCAAACUAGGCGAACCGGCUCUUUUAGACUGCAAAGUAGAAGGAUUUCCUCAGCCUACCAUUGUUUGGAAAAAGGCAUCAGGCCGUAAGGUGGAAGCCUAUCAGUCUUUAGUCACACACGAAAGCAAAACUCUCAAAGAUAUGGACAUUGGUAUGCAUAAUGAGAGAAUGGCUAUUCUCCCAAACGGAUCCCUCUUUAUUGAGUCUGUGAACCAAGAAGACCAAGGCCAAUAUAUUUGCGAAGCCCGCAACGGAAUUGGCGCUGGCCUUAGUGCUGUGGUUGACCUCGUCGUACACGCCCCAGUGCACUUCAAAGUGCGCUCCCGGAAGGAGAUGGUCCGGAGAAGGGGAUCGGCGGUGCUGCGCUGCCAGGCGCUGGGGGAUAUGCCCAUAACCUUCGCCUGGAGGAAGGAAGGCAGUUUCAGGGAUUUGCAAGGACGAGAUAGCGUGAAGAAUAUAAGUGGAGGAUUGGAGUCAGACUUCAGGAUAGAUGACGUCAAUGUAGAGGACGGAGGUAUAUACACGUGUUUCGCAAGAAAUGGAUAUGGCCAGGAUCAAACAACGAUCCAUCUUUUAGUUCAGGAUGCUCCUGAGCAUCCCACGAACCUAAGAGUAUUGGACCAGAGCAGUAGACGCGUUACGAUUGCCUGGGCCCCCGCUCAAGAUGGAAACAGUCCCAUAACUCGCUAUCUGGUGCGAUACAACAAGAUUAAAAACGCGUGGGCGGGUCCGAUCCUGGAGACGGUGGUGGAGGGCGGGCAGAGCAGCGCGCUGCUGGCCGGCCUGCAACCCGCCACCACGUACAGCGUGCGCGUGCUGGCCGAGAACACGCUGGGGCCCGGCGCCGCCAGCAACGAGCUGCUGGUGCGCACGGCCGAGGAGGCGCCGUCGGCCGCGCCGCUGCGCCUCAGCGCAGACGCGCGCAGCUCCACGCAGGUGGCGCUGGCCUUCGACCCGCCGCCGCCCGACGCGUGGAACGGCCCGCUGCUCGGCCACUACGUCGGCCACCGCCUGCUCGGAGACUCUGAUAAACGAAAGUACAAUUUUACCACUGUACAGUUCCAUGGAACUGGAAGGCAAGAAACACUCCUAAACGAUUUGAGAAAAUUUUGCAAAUAUGGUUUAGUAGUUCAAGCAUUUAAUAGCAAAGGAAGUGGCCCGCUGUCCGACGAAGUCAUUGCACAAACACUGGAGGAUGAACUUCCUACUUUGCGUCAGACAGUGCGUGGUCGUAUAUCUUCCUUUCAUUGGACAGUUCCAGAAGCUUCUCCUCGGGACGUGCGCUGUACGGCCUUGUCCCCCGAGUCCCUGCAAAUCAGCUGGCAGCCUCCUCCCGAAACUUUGGUUCACGGAGUCAUCAACGGCUACCGUCUGCUGUAUGAGCCAGUGGCACCACAACCACAGGAUGAAUCAAUUGAGCCAGCCACUAGAGUCACUACUGCACUAAUGUCCGUUCUGCAUAAUCUCUUGAAAUACACGAACUACAGUGUUGAGCUAUUAGCAUACACUAGUGUAGGGGAUGGCGUAAAGUCUCCGAAAACCUAUUGUCGUACUAAAGAAGAUGUGCCGGGGCCCCCAGCUCAGCAUCAAGGCGGCGCGUCGGCCGCCGACGCAGGCUUGGGUGGCGUGCGCUUGCCCGCCGGCGCGGCCCAACGGCUGCUGCUCCAAAUACCACGUGUACGUAUGCGCGCCGGGAGCGGCGGCGCCAGGGGACGCGCGCUCCGUGUAUGCACGCCCGCGACGGCGCCCGACUGCAGUUCCAGCUGCCCCGGCGCUGCGGCGCCAGCUGCGCUACGACUUCUGGGUGACGGCCCUUCGAACCAAGUGGGCGAGGGCAAGAGCACGCCCGUCGCCGCCGUCACGCCCGCCGCCAAAGUGAGCGCGAGCAUCGUGUCGUUCGGCGGCGUGCAGGAGGCGGCGUGGCGCAGCGACGUGCGGCUGCCGUGCGAGGCCGUGGGCAUCCCGGAGCCCUCGCGGCGCUGGCAGCGGCCCGGCGACCUCUCCAUGUCGCAGCAGCCCCGCGCCCACGUGCUGCCCGACGGCGCGCUGCUGCUCAGCAACGUGCAGCGCCCCGACCAGGGCGAGUACAUGUGCCAGGUGUCCAACGACCACGGCAGCGACCACAUCACCUACCGGCUCGUCGUGCUAGACAAGAUACUGAGACAACCUCAAGCGAAUGUUGUACGUAAGGCGCAACCCUCAGAUGUAAGAUCAAUUUUAGACUGUGGGUUAGAGUGGGAGAUGGUAAAUGAAACUGGUCAACAUUUCUAUGGAGGUCGGAAGAAUUUGGGAAACGAGAUCGGAUGCGAAAAAGUCCCUCCCGGUGCUCCGGUAUUGCUCAUGACCGGAGGCACGCAGCACUCCUUACAGCUGCAAUGGAAACUCGGCGACACCGGCGGCAGCCGAGUGCGAAGUUUUGUGCUGCACUACAAGCACGAGCACGGCGAGUGGGAGGAGCUGCAGCUGGACGGGGGGCGCAGCACGCACGUGCUGACGGGGCUGCGCUGCGGCACGCAGUACCACGUGUUCAUCACGGCGCUGAACGGCGUGGGCACGGGCGACCCCAGCCCCACGCUCAACGUGCGCACGCGCGGCGCCGUGCCGCUGCGCCCGCAGCACGCCGAACUGAUCGCCGUCAACUCGUCUUCCGUCACGCUCAAUCUCAACGCCUGGCCCGACGGAGGGUGCCCUCUCUUUUAUUUCGUCGUGGAAUAUUCUCAGUAUGUGUCUGAUAGAGAGGAUAAUUGGAUCGUAGUGGGAAAUAACAUUGGCACCGAUAGAUCUUACCCCUUGGGAGGCUUAAAUCCAGGACAAAAUUACAAAAUUCGAGUUACAGCUCACAACGCUGCUGGGUCUACAGUUGCUCAAUAUAAAGUGAAAACUUUGAGUGAAUUUGGAGGAACUGUAAGUCCCAGCCAUGUUAUUACACGAACUGAGCAGAAAACACCGUUGCACAAAGAUAUGAAGAUAGUUGUAGUGGGCGUGCUAUCAUCAGUGAAGAGCGAGUAUCGUCGGCCAAAGCGAGGCCGUCCAUGCGAAGAAUACGACAGCUUCGGCUCUGAAUCCGACACAGAACCCGGAACAUCCAGUCGCACAGAAUCCUCCAAUCAACUGGACAGCGGCGGCAUGGUCGGGGAUCUGGGGCGGUACCAUCACUCAGCUGCUCGUCUCUCCAAGAUAGGCAUGGAAUCCAUGUACCCCGAACCAGAAUGGACCCCUCCCAUGGAAAUCGCGUCGGGCACAGAGAGGCGACCUUUCGUGCGGAAAUACUGCCAGGCUCAUCACAUGAAAUGAACCCCACAAAUCGGAUAUGAUAUGGCUGAACUGACACCGUCCUUUUCAUGCAAGAAUUUUGACUGGUUUUAUUGAACAAUUCAUGGUGGGAGGGGAAAUACAAAUUUUCUACUUUCAUACAUGAAUCUCAAAAGAGAAAAUUUCCAAUCUCUUUUAACAUUGCGACGGUAUGCUUUGAUAUACACUGAAAAUUGUUUUCGACAAUCUUCUUCCGAAAAUUCAAAGUAGGUUACUUCAAAAAUCUCAAAUAUUUAUUUAUUUUCAUGAACAUUUUGAAUAUAACAAUCCGAACAAUUCGUACGAUAAAACAAGUUCAAAAUAUUUCUAUCCUUGCAUACUGUUUGUAAUUUUCCAUCUGCGAUAAGAGAUAAUUUCGAAAAUAAGGCGAACGUGAAUGAAAUGAUUGUCGACCGAUUUUAAAAAUUUGUGCAUCCGGGAGAUAUUCCAACACAAUCUUGUUGGCUAGUAAAAUAUUCUUAUGUGUUUAAAAUGUUACCAAAAUGACUGUUGUUCUAUAUACUACAUACUGAAAUAUAUUUUAUGUGUAUUGAAGUGGUUAUUUAUGUUAUGGGCUGAACGUGCAUGUAUUAAUUCAUAACACUAACAAAUAAAACUAUGAUUUUAAAUCUACAAACAGGUACCUUAAGUUUUUCUGUAGGUGUGGAAUUUCUCAUUGUGAAAAUGUAUAUUCUUCGUCUUUAAUGUAAAACAUCUCGAAAUGUAAUUAAUUUGUUUCAGAAAUAUUUACAAUAAAAGUGUAUUAUAUAUGUCAUGUAUAUUGGAGGGAAAUGAAU